AUGCUAUCAAGCACAGUGCUCGCUUCGCGAGCUGCUUUCAAGUCUCACCUCGUGAAGGGAGCUCGACUGUCGCGUGCUCGUUAUCAUGACUUCGCUCAAAGCAAGUUCUUCAGGGUUUCAGAAGAGGUGCGAGAUGCAGUUGCUACUGGCAAACCGGUUGUAUCUCUCGAGACCACCAUCUAUACACAUGGCUUCCCAUAUCCCGAUAACAUUGCGCUAGCUGCAUUGUUGGAAUCUGUGGUCAGGGCUAAUGGCGGUGUUCCUGCAACUAUUGGCAUCGUCGGUGGUGUGGCCAAGGUUGGUCUCAAUGCAGAAGAAAUGAUCGAGCUGGCCUCGACGGCGGAAAAAAAGAGUGCUUUGAAAGUGUCUCGUAGAGAUCUGGGCUAUAUAUGUGGAUUAGGUCUGGCUGGCAAGAAAAUGCACGGCGGUACUACCAUCUCUGGCACUAUGAUUCUCUCAGAGCUGGCUGGUAUCAAAAUCUUUGGUACCGGUGGACUAGGUGGCGUGCAUCGUGGAGCAGAGAACUCCAUGGACAUUUCUGCUGAUCUUACCGAGCUGGGACGGACCCCAGUAACAGUCAUCAGCUCUGGUUGCAAGAGUUUCUUGGAUAUUCCUCGAACUCUCGAAUACCUGGAGACGGAGGGCGUCUGCGUUGGUACCUUUGCAGAUGGCCGAGAAGGCCCUGUCGACUUCCCUGCCUUCUUCACCCGCGAGAGUGGCAUCCGCAGCCCCAAAGUCAUUCAAAAUGAAGCCGAAGCCGCUGCUAUCGUUUAUGCGCAAUCCAAGCUCCCUCUAUCCUCUGGAAUCCAUUUCGCCAACCCUGUUCCUUCGGAGUUCUCCAUCCCCAAGCUUGACAUGGAUUCCAUCAUUGAGGAGGCAGUCCGCCUCGCUGAUGUAGAGGGCUACCACGGCAGUGACAACACACCUUUUAUCCUCGCCAAGAUCAAGGAGCUGAGCGGUGGAAAGAGUGUAGUGGCAAACCGUGCCUUGAUCGAGUCCAAUGCCAAACGCGCAACCCUCGUAGCCGUGGAACUUGCCAAACUCGAACAGUCUGACCGAGCGGAGGAUCGACACAUGCCAGCGACCCCAGGCGUAGUCUCGCCGGUUCCAGGUAUCUCUCCAGCAGAAACUUCCACGCCAGUCACUUCAACCCCAACCCCAAUUGAAAGAGCAGAUGUCAUCGUCGCCGGCUCCCUCGCCAUUGACCUCUCCUGCGACUAUACCCCCUUCGGCGACGAACUGACUCAAGUCGCACCAGUUCCAAAUACCUCCAACCCAGCAGUAAUAUCCCAAAGCCUCGGCGGCGUCGGCCACAACGUCGCUGUAGCAGCUAACUACGUCGGUAGUCCUGUGGUUUUCUGCAGCGUAGUCGCAGACGACCUCAGCGGACGAGCAGCGCUCUCAGCCCUGGAGAAAGAAGGUCUAAGCACAACAGGCGUAUCCGUUCUCCCUGCAACACCAGGCACCCGCACAGCACAAUACAUUGCCAUAAACGACAUCAACAAGGACCUGCUAGUAGCUAUGGCAGACAUGGGCAUCGUCGAACUCCCAGAAUCACAACUCGACUUCGACGGAUUCUGGGAACCGCUCAUCGCACGCACAACGCCAAAAUGGGUUGUUGUCGACGCGAACUGGCGACCUGAAGUGAUUGCUAAGUGGAGCGCCGUUGCACGCAAGUACGGAGCCCGCGUGGCCUUCGAGCCCGUCUCUACGACUAAGGCGCGCCGUCUUUUCGGCGGCGAUGCCAAUGGCGCUGAUGCUACUAUUGGACCAAAGCACACUGUGCCUGACAACAAUAUUAGCCUGGCUUGUCCUAAUAAGCUGGAACUGGCUGCUAUGUUCACUGCUGCACGUGAAGCACAGCUAUUUGAGUCGACUGAGUGGUGGCAUGUCAUCGAUUCAAUGAACAUGAGUCCAGCCGGUUCACGAGAGCGACUUGUGCGGUUAACUUCACCAUCACUUGUAGACGAGGGUCUUCCGCAGCAGACUAUCCAGCUUCUUCCGUUCAUUCCUUGUAUCCUUACCAAGCUUGGUGGCGCAGGUGCUCUUCUCACACAGCUUUUGCCGCCAGGGGAUCCGCGUCUUACGGAUCCGGAGUCUGCGCCUUAUAUUCUGGCUCGCUCCCAUGUUGACUCGGACGUGCCGUUUGGGGGUGUUUACAUGCGACUAUUCUCACCAGCUACAAUUCUUGGUGCGCAGGAUAUCGUCAGUGUGAACGCGGCUGGUGAUACCUUGCUUGGUGUUGUUGUGGCUGGUCUGGCCAAGAGUGAUGCUGCGCGCAUUGAGGAUAUUAUUCCUAUUGCUCAAGAGGCAAGCCGGAAAACACUUGCUAGUGCUGGAGGUGUCAGCAAGGAUCUCGUGGAGUUGCGAGCGACAUUAGGGCUGUAG